GCAUGUAUCUCCCCAGACCCUGUACAGAUAACUCGCAAAGUCUACACAGAGCCCCACGCUUGUACCUCUACACCUAUCUACCAACAGCACUCAGGAGAUCACCUUUAUACUGACUCUAAAACUCAUGUACUCUAUCAGUGCUCCAUAGGAGAGCACAGUCCUUACAUUGACUCUAAAAAACAGGAACGUUUUAACUCAUAUGUGUAUGCUUCAUAUCCUGAGGCUGGGGACUCUACUAUAAAACAUGAGGACUCUACUGACAGUGAUCAGUUAGAAGAUGAUGUAUUUUACGAGCCUGGUGAACUUGAGAAACUGACAAAUAGUAUAUUCAAUGAGCUUAAACAGUUAGGUCAGGGUGAUCUUGGUCAAUUUCAAAUACCUGAUAUUAUUGUUACCAAUGUAGAUGGUGUAAUUGGAGGUGGUCAUUGUAUGAAUAUUGAGUAUAUUAAAUCUGAUCAUGCUGAUAAGAUUUUCCAUGGUUUUCAAAGUCCACAUUUCGACAACCUUUGUGUGCCCAUUGAUUCAGAUGGUCCCUAUGCUAAAAGACCCAAAAUGCAAAAUAUUGAAGUUAUGAGGGGUCCCCCUAUGCAAUUUACCAGUUCAUCUGGUUUUCUUCAACAAGGGACUUCGGCUGGUUAUAUCUCCCCUGGUGAGAAUGGGCCAGCAUAUUCAUCAUUGAGCAGCUCCGAUUCAGCAUCACCAGGGACUGUAAUCUCAAUUCAGGAUAACAGCCCAAGGAAACGCUCUCGUUUAUUUAUGUCACCAGAUACUGAACAAGCCAUAAAACUUGAGGAGGAAGCUCGUAUCAGUCCCUUAGGUGAUGUCAGACAGACUCCACCACCCAAAAUGACAUUCAGAAAGAAGCGCUCAACUAGUAUCAAAUAUGUAGGUACUAAGGCCAAGGAUGCUCGAUCAAGCACUCCAGAUAAGCGAGAAUCAAGAAGUCAUGAUAAAAGCUCAAUGAAUGAACCAGAAGUAAGUCCUAUUGCAUUCACAGCUGUUCCAGAUGGUUCACAACUUGAACAAAAAUAUGGGAGAAAAAAGAAACGAAGAUUUAGGAGUUCUUGGUCUGCCUCAAAGUUUGUGGAGAGAUUUAGAAUCAAAACACAAACAAAAAGUGCCCCUAGCCUUAUUUUGCCUGAGGAAAAGCCAACAUCAACCUGCAAGUAUCAAAGCCCAGAGGAGAAUAGUCAGACAUCACUUCAACCAGCAUUGGAUGUUCCUAUUGCUUGUAAAAACUCCUCUACUCAAUCGACAGGGAGUCAUAAGAAACUGGUCACAUUCAACAAUAGAUCUGGAGCUUCUGAUAAUAUAAAUCAACAGAAUGAUGUUCCUGAAAUUGGUGACGAGUUUGAUGAUUUGGACUUUGUUAAGGCUCCUAGUAGAAAGACCAGAUUAAGACCAUUCAGAAGAUCUAAGCUCUUACACCCCCAAGAGCUGACUGAUAGUGUUCUACUGGCCAAGAAGCGACUUUCACAGUCUCCUAUUAGGCCAGAUCAUUCUAUAGAAGCAACUGAAGGUUUGACAGUAGAGUAUAUCAACAACAUCGAGGAGGAACAACCAAAGGAGGAUGAAAAUGAGGAUAUGACUGUUGUUGAAGGUAAUGUAGAUGUUGAUGAUAAGGAACAGAAUGAGCCAAUUGAACAACUGUUGAGACCUGAGUCAAGUAUGUCCAUCUCAUCAAGGAUUAUUUCCUUCCUUUCUCACCCAUUGGGAAGGUCAUUAAGAGUUGGAGCUGGGGAAAGACCAGUGACAAGAAAACGUUCAUUCUUAGAAAGAGCCUUCAGAAGACCUACAGCAAAAACACAAGAUGAUACUCCUUGGGUUAAAGAAGAAUGGAAAAAUGGAAUACAAGGUUUUACUAUCAAUAUGGAUCUGGUGAAAAAGCACACACCAUCAGCUGCAUCCUUUCAUUCUACAACUGAAGACUUAACCCAACCAGAAUCAACUAUUGAUGAACAAGAAGACACUAUUGCCAACACUCCAGUUGCUCCGAGUGAGACCAAGGUUGACUAUGCUGACCAAUCCACCAUGUUACAUUCCUAUGUCUCUGAUAACACUCCACAUGGUACCAACAAUAACACUCCCGCAUCUGUCAUAUAUCCAAGACCAACAGAUUUCAAAGAGGGCUUAGAACGAGAAACACGAUUUACAAAUGCCAUGAGAGCAAAAUCUGCGGAUGAUCCAAUCCCAACAAGUCAGAAAGCAGAUACAAUUUCUAAGCUUUACAGAGACAAGCCAUCAUAUGAGUCAAGAAGGCGGCUUCUUGAAGCUAGGAAAGAGUUCUUUAGCCCAAUGAUAACCCCGGUUCCUACCCCUGUCAAAGAGGAAUUCCAGCGAGAAACUGUAUCCUUAGAUAGAACAUCAGCAUCAUUCAAGAAGGUCUUAGAUUAUAUUAACACACAAAAACCUACAUGCGAAGAUGAGAAGGACUUGACCCCAGUUAAUAAAGCUCUUAAACAUACUGAUCCAUUACAGAUACCUCUCAAUGCACCAGCAAGGCCCAUAAUGUCUGAUGAUGACUUCAAAAAGUAUGAACGGGCAUUUAAGAAUGAUGAUACCAUGUUAAGUGACAGGUCAAACAAAUCAAAUGCCUCCAAAAAACGAUACAGUGGAGUGGAUAUGUUGAUUCCAAGUGACGAGGAAGAUGGAUUUUUGUCUGCACGUCAACCUACUGCAGAAGCUGAAUCUCUCCCACCACAGGUAGAAUCGGCAAUGCAGGUUAAUCUGAGGAAAAGGAAAUCAUUAAGAGAUGUUCUUAAAAAAUGGACACCACGUAAGCUGAGGAAACGAUUACAUAGAAACAAGAAACAGCCAGCUGCCUUAAUGGAAGUUCAAAACAUCAAGAGUUCACCUGCUGUAGCCCCACAGGGAUUUGUAUCACCAGAUGAAUCCAAAUCACCUCUGAAAGAAAUCCAAGUGAUGUCAGUACAGGUAGAAAGCCUCCCCCAGGGCUCAUCUGCCCAUUCUUCCGCCAACAGUUUCAGAGAUACCAGAUUCAGGUGUAGGAAUCCGAGUGGCAAGGAAAGUAUUGAUGGAUAUGAUUAUGUUGACAGUGCUCAGAAACAAGAAAGUGAAUCUCUAACCAAUUAUCUGAGUUACGAUGAACAUAGUACUGGUGGUGGAAGUGGCGUUGGUGGAACAAUCCAGGGAAAAUUCAGGCAUAAAAGUGGAGGAAGUGAUAAAUAUACACCAAAUGCAGCUACAAAAUUCAUCUAUACACCUACUUUCAAAACAAAUAAAGAACAAACAAAAUCUACCCAAAAACCACAAAGAAUUCCAAGCUAUAUUUACAAAUCUUUAGGAGAUAAAGGAAAAGUUGAGCAUGUUGAGUCAAAAACAGAGAUGACUCCACAGAGAAUCCCAAGCUAUAUAUAUAGGUCACCAGGGUAUGUUAUGAAGGAAUUCAAAUUGAAAGCAAUGGGAGGUUCUGGAACCCUUCUGCCACAACUCCAUACUCCUAAAGUCCACAAACAUGAGUCUAAUGACAAUGUCCCAGAACCCAUAAAAUCUACGGAAACCAAGCACACACCAAAAGGAGAAGCCAAAGAAUUGAUGGAAGAUAUUUGGGCAAAGGUUGGGGAAGAGAUUAGAUCAUUUAGUUUCAGUAAAGAUGAUUCAGCAUCUGAUUCCAUAAGGAAAAGCAUGGAAGAUGAAAAUGUCCAAGAUGAAAUCAUUGCUAGGGAAGAAAUAAAGGUGAAAUCUCCUGAUAGUUUAUUCAACAAAUGUACACAUCUUAUCUCCAAAGAUAUCCUGGACCAACACACACCUAUAAGACGAGACCCAGAUCAAGUGCUCAGCAAUACAAGCAUUGGCACUUUGUCUAAUGAAGGUCUAGUGUUAGAUGCACCCCUGUUCUCCAACUAUAACACCCCAGUUGACUCAGCGACUCCAUUAAAGCAGGAUGAUAGUGUUUUCACAACCAAGACAACAGAGUUAUUAAAAAAUAUAACCACCCCUAAUGUUGAUUUUUAUAACAUUGCCAACUGGGAGGUUUCUUCAUCGGAUGGCUCUCAACUGACCACACCACAUACAACUCCAAGAUCACCUACUAGACUUAUGCCACAUAUGACAGAAGCAAUCUUAGCUGACCACAAUGACCUUGUGUAUGCCACACCAACCAAAUAUACAUUAAAGGAUAAUGAUAUCAAAUUGCGAAGUGUUCCCAAAGAGGAGGAAGGAGCAGUGAAACGAACACCACUCAAGACUCAACCUACCAUUGAUGAUGCAAUUGAUGGUAGCCUCGAUACAUCUGAGUUGAUUGAUCAGUUUGUCUGUGAAACCCUCACUAAAACUUCUGGUGAACUGAUACAGGAACCUGAAAAUACAGUCAGUCCACUCAGUAGAGAACAAACCUUAGUUUGUGAAGAAAGAAUAAAUGCGACCAAUGAUGAUGCAAUUGACACUAGGCUCAACACAUCUGAGUUGAUUGAUCAGUUUGUCUGUGAAACCCUCUCUAAAGUUUCUGGUGAACUGAUACGGGAACCUGAAAAUACAGUCAGGCCACUCAAUAGAGAACAAACCUUAGUUUAUGAAGAAAGAAUAAAUGCGACCAAUGAUGAUGCAAUUGACACUAGCCUCAACACAUCUGAGUUGACUGAUCAGUUUGUCUGUGAAACCCUCUCUAAAGUGUCUGGUGACCUUAUACAGGAACCAGAAAAUACAGUCAGUCCACUCAGUAGUGAACAAGCCUUAUUGAAUCAAGAAAGAAUAAAUGCUACUAGCAAUGAUGCAAUUGACACUAGCCUCAACACAUCUGAGUUGACUGAUCAGUUAGUCUGUGAAACCCUCUCUAAAGCUACUGAUGAACUAAUAGAAGAACUAGAGAAUACAAUCAGACCACUCAGUAGAGAACAAGCCUGUGUGUAUAAAGAAAGAAUAAAUGCUUUCUUCACAGGGUUAGAUUACAAAGUUGACAAAACCAACCUGGAAAAGGAGACACAUCAUGCGAAGAUAAGUGCCCUUGAGUUUCAAAAACGGGCUCAGUAUCUUCACAACCUUCUCAUAAAGCAAGAGGAGGAAGAUGCCAAGGGCAAUGAAGAUAAAAAGGAUGAGCUUCAGGAGUCAUUUAAAGAUGAAUUAGAGAGCUCUACGAGUGAUCUAAAUGCUACAGGGGAGACGAUCGCGACACCAAGUAAGGAAACAGGGAUUUGGUUGAAACAUUCCCUUGAUAGAACACCAAGCUAUCUCCAUAAUAGCACCAUGGAGGAAACGGAGGAUAUCAGCAAUGUGGCUGUACAGGGAAGCUUCCUUGCUAAUGAUAGUAGACUGUUUGAUGAUGCCAACUGCACCAUACCUGAUAACAGUGAGCCUGCUGUAUCAGCCAGUAACUCUGGCUCUAGUGUUAACUGUCGACAAAUCUCAUCUUUAUCUGUAUCAGAAGGGACAUAUUAUACAGCCUCUGAGGCUUAUGUUACAUACUCUGAAUGUGAGUUAACAACUGCAUCUGAAGGUUGGAGCUCGGCUACAUUAUGUACAGAUACGGAUUCAAAAACCAGUAGUCACUCAAUUGUGACAAACCUAACCAAUAUACCAGGAGUUGGCAUCAAAGAUGAACUUCUGACAAAAGAUUCAGACCCACCUAGAAGUGAAUCUGAAUUAUCUGAGGUAUCAAGAGGAGUUGAUAUUGCAUAUGAUACAGAUGAUGCCUAUGGUGAUGUUGAUACUGCAGUGUCCAACACAUCAAGUGAGUGUCCAGAUGAUCUCUCAACAGCUUCAAGGUUCUCUGAACAACUUGAAGAGUUUGUUCAAGAUAUCAUACAUAAGUGUUAUAUACGGGUCAAAGAGGAAGAAAGCGAGAACAUGGCAGAUGUUUCUAAAGAAGAUGAUGUGGUUUAUGUAUAGGUUGAAAUGUAGAUGUACAAGAUAUCAUACAGAAGUGUUAUGUACAGGUCAAAGACGAGGAAAGCGAGAACAUGUCAGAUGUGACUAAAGAAGAGGAUGUGGUUUAUGUAUAGGUUGAAAUGUAGAUGUACAGGAUAUUAUUCAUUGGUGUUAUGUUAGGACUAAAGCGAAAAGGAAUGAAAUUAUAGAUGUUGCGAAGGAAUCGAUUGAUUCUGUAGGAUGUGUAGGUGACAUACUAAGGGGAUUGAUCAGAUCAAUGGUGAUUCUUUUAGUGUUUAGUAUUUCAUGUUUUCUAAGAUUUAGUAAAUUAUGUGAUUGACAUGAAUGGCUGAAAACCUAAAUUAUUAUGUGCCACAUGCCAUAGUGCGAUCAAAGACACAACCUGUAGAGGACAGUACAGUAAACAGUGCCAUAUCAUUCAUUACAAUGUAAAUAUGUUGAGUAUUUCUAUUAAGUGAAGAUGUGUAGAAGGUCCUGGGGUUGAUUGUGAAGAGAAAGAGAUAAUGAUUAUGUUAUGAAAUGAAAUGGAACUUUGUUUGAUAGAAGUUGAACUCGGGUAAUCUUAACAUUUAAUAGUUGAUCUUUGGAGACCUCCAGAUUGGAUCUCAUAAGAUUGAAACUUUGACAUUUACUUGAUCUUUUGGGAUAUUAAGACAUUUUGAAUCAAAUUGAAACUUAAUUAAAGCAAUUGAACAUUUCUAUGAUUGCUGUACAGUACAGUGUAUGAUGUUAUUGUAUUGUACACCAAUACUAAUAAGUCAUGACAUUGAUAUUUACAUACUACUACAUGACAGUAUCUCCAAAACUUAGAAAGGCCAAAAGUCAAGAUGUUCUAUUUACCUUGUACUCAACAGUAAGUGGGCAGGAAUGCUCUUCAGAUGAGGUAAUAACAAUGUAAAGGUCAGCUAAGCACUAAGCCUCAGUAUUUCCUUAAUGCUCCGAUGAGUGCACGUAUCCAUUGAAAAAUUGAAAACACUGGUGAUGACAUCAUAGAAGAAUAUGAUGCUCUCUACAAUAAGGCUAAGAUAAAUGGACACAACAUUUCUAGCUCAAAUAAUAAAGUUAGAGCUAUUUGAAGAUUGUUGUCUUAAUUAGUGUUGUCGCGAUGUGCCAUAAUCGUACAUCGAUGCAUCGGCAAUUUUCAGUAGUAAACAUCGAUGCACAUCGCGAUGUACAUCGAGAAAAAGUCCGAAAAAAGUGCACUGAAAUACCGAACGCUAAUGCACUAAAAUACCGAACAGAACAAAUUAAUAAGACUACGCUGGUACAUCAGGGAACUUUUAGUAACGGUGAAAUGAAAGUAAAGUAAUUUUUUUAGAUUAAUGGUUCAUUUCGACUAGCUGAAACAGUUUUAAAGCGAAAGAAUAUCAGAAACAUCAAGGAAAAUGCAAUAAGACAUGAGAAAGGUAAGCGAUUGGCGUCAAAAUAAGAUAAGAAAUGGUGAUUUUUAGCAAAUUAAAUUUUUUUUAAAACAUCGAUGUUUUGUUUCAGACAUCGAUGCAUCGCCAGAAUCAGCUUUGGCGAUGUAUAUCGCGAUGUAUCGAUUAAUCGCGACAACACUAGUCUUAAUGUCUUUGUAAUAUAUCGAUUAAUCUAUUGAGGAGGUUUGACCAGUCAAUAAAGAGUUAAUGGCGGGGGGGGGGUAUACUAUUAGAAGGUAUUGGAGUCUUAAAAAGUUAUAUCAAUAGCCAGAUAGAUAAGGUAUUUCAAAGUAAGGUAUUAAAUCUACAGUGAUAUCUGAAAAACUACCCCUCUUUAAUUUAUCAUCUAUAAGGAAUAUUGCCCCAGAGGAACAUUUGAUGCAGAACAUAAAUUGUUUAUGUGGUAGGGGCCAAACUAUUUCCAUGGUCAUUCCCAGAACUUGUAAUAUAUUUGUGUAUUAUAAAUGGAUGUUAGGAUCACUCAGGAAUUUAAGGAUAUAUUUUCUCAUAUACAUGUAUAUAUAUGUUAUAAGUCUCAAUUGUUUAAACUGAUAAAUGAUAUAUUGUUGAAGUUUCAAGUUCAGUUAGGGAUAACAUCCAAUUAUCAACAGUUAUGGAAUAACAAAGUUACUUUUGUUAGAGGUGGGGGGGGGGGUAAAUGAUGCUUUCAUUAGCGAAUUGUGUUGAUCUUUUAAUAUUCAAGUGAAAGACAAAUCAACAUUUUAAAAUUUCAUUAGAUGAGGAGAGGGGGGUCAAACUAAAUUGAAAUUAAUUUAGUUUACCCAUGCCUGUUGAUUAUUGGACAUCAUUCCUUAUAAUUAUACAGAUUAUACUGGUAUUUGUAUAUGAUGAAAAUAUCAUUGACAAAUAUGAAAUUAUGACAAUAAAAAUAUGAUUACACUGUUAACUUUGUGUAUAAUCAUCUUAUAGUGUAUCAACACAUGUUUAAAAGUUCAUUUCAUCUACCUACCGUAUAAUGUAUUUUAUAUUGUUAUAUCAGUUUGUAUAAAUGUUAGUAUAACUUAAGUGUAAAGUUCAGAGAUACAGACAAGCUGUUAUUCUGCACAAUAGUUCAUAUAAAUGAUAUGUAAACUUGUUAAUUACCCUGUUGUUUAGUGUUACAUAUGAAAUAAACAAAUGUGAUAAAUAGCAUUGUAUACUUAUCAGCUUUGGUUCAACAGCUGUAGAAGGAGGAAAAUAUGUUACAUGAGCACAAAUGUUGAAAUCAUUUAAUAUUGGGGGCAUCUCAAUGUUGAACUCAUGAAUAGGGAAAAAGCUCGCUUAGGUUCCUCUGUUUGGAGGAGUUUUCUCUGUAUUAUUUUAAUCUCUUUAUUACCUGUCUUUAAAUCAAUGACUGUCAAGCUUGUGUGUUAAUUCUCAAUCUCUCUCCCUAGUCUUGUUGUAAAGUGGAGUAAACCUGUAAAGUGGAACACCUCCCUAGUGGAGCACUAUUUUAAGCCCUUGAAGACAUUCUAAUUUCAUAGGCUUUACUCUUCUGAAGAAGACUGGGAUAUAGUUUGAGAAUGCUACAUUUGUC